GGAAUUUACUUUGCCUCGUCUGCCAGUGCUAGUAACAGCUGACGUUCCGUCAAUUUCCAGGGACCGUCAUAUACUACACAUAUCUAAUGGCUUCGAAGAAUCUCACUCACAUCUUCAUGAUAAUGCGGGAUAAAGCGAUCCAGCGAAGGAACAUGUACAAGCGGGUAGAGACCUACUCAGAUCAAGAUGCCUUGGUGUACAGUGAAGAGAUGGAGAAUGGUAUCAGCAUGCCAGGUGAUAGCCACCUCCCUGAUUGGGCUGGUCAGGUUGAGGAAGUUCAGUAUAAUAUCAUAACACUGAGGGAGAAAACUAAGCGAUUGGCAGCUCUUCAGAGUAACUUGGUUAGACGGCCCUCUCUUGAUGACAACACAGAGGAAGAACGCCAGUUGACAGCUCUGAACAAUGAAAUAAGACGGACAUUGGAACGUUGUCAUACACUCAUGAUACAAAUUAGACAUUGCAGUAGCAGCGGACGAGAGGAAACGCUGAAGCGGAAUGUUAUCCGUGCAUUAGGUUUUGCAUUACAAGAGGUGAAAAAUGAAUUUCUAACAACAUGUUCAGCCUUCACAACAUCAAUGAAAAAUAUAAAGAAAACUAGUUCAUUCGUUCAUGAUGGUGGAGGUGACUAUGACAGUGAUUAUGGAACCUUUGAGGGUGGUGCUACAAUGAAACAGAAUCAAGCUUGGACUCAGGAACAGCUUAUGUUUUUAGCUGACAACACAGUUCAAGUUCAAGAACGAGACAGGGCUGUACACCAUAUCCUUCAGUCUACAAUGCAACUUAAUCAACUUUUCCGAGAUGUAGCACAUUUAGUUUCAGAGCAGGGUACACUGUUGGAUAGAAUAGAUUUCAAUGUAGAACAUGCUGCUAUCAAAGUGGAAGAUGGAGCUAAGCAACUAAGAAAAGCAGAGCAACAUCAGCGCAAAAAUCGCAACAUGAAAUGCAUUGUUGGGUUGGGAGUAACAAUAAUAGUUUUGAUAAUUAUCCUUGUUCUGGUUAAAACAUAACAAUGAUCAUGUCUUUUAUGUUUUUAUCAUUUAAACUAUACUAUUGCUAAUUUAUUUUAUUCUGUACAGUUCAGCUAUUUCACCAAAUAUAAUCAGUAAAUUAGUACAUACUAUAUGUUAUAUACAUGCUGUAAUGUUUAAGCCUAUUUAUAUCAAGAGUUCAGUAGUAUUAAGGAAAAUAUUUUAACUAUUUUUGUAUAAUUGAUUCAAAUAAUGUAGAUCUGAAUUGAAAUUAAUAGCUUCCCAUCAGUUACUUGAAAGAUUUAUGCAGAUGCUCCAAGGGGAAGCACUGUUGAAAAUCUGCAUUCCUACCACCACAACCAUGAUUGUAAGUUUGACUAGAGAUGAAAGUACUACAUGUUCAUGAAUAUUUUAUUAGUAAAAUUGACUAUUUCAGUAUAUAGAUUAUCAUUCCAUAUUUUUUCACUUUUAGUCUUGUCAUUGUCAAGUGUUUCUAGUUGUUCAUAUGUUGUGAAUACUACUGUAUACAUAUUGUAUUCUAUUAAAGUCAUUAUAUGUAGAA